AAGGAAGCAGACUUGAAGACUAGCGUUCAUGUAUUAUUAUUUAGUGGCCGGAGCCGACUGCUACUUUGCGAUACGUUAACGUGUUGGAUAAGUUUCCUCUUUCUUUCUGUUCCAAACAUUAUGAACCGGGCACAACUAAAACGGUCGAAAAUUCUCAGGAUGGCGCUCGUCGGGUCCGACUCAAUGAAUCGGGACGGGGAAAUGGACACAUUUCUACUGACAGCUAUCAAAAUAGCUUUGGUGGUGGCUCUGUAUUGGUUUGUUUCAAUCACCAUGGUUUUCUUAAAUAACCAUUUGCUUGACAACACUGAUCUCGAUGCUCCUUUAUUUGUGACCUCCUUCCAGUGCCUUAUUACGGUAGUGCUUUGUUGGUGCUUGAGCCUUUUGUCUCGAUCAUGUCCAGGUGCGAUUGACUUUCCAUCGGUAAAAUUCGACUACAAGAUCUCGAGAGAGAUAUUGCCUCUGUCCGUCGUGUUUGUCGGAAUGAUUGCCUUCAACAACCUGUGCUUGAAAAAUCUGGGAGUCGCGUUCUACACUGUUGGGAGAUCACUCAGCACCGUCUUCAACGUUAUCCUUUCCUAUGGGAUACUCAAGCAAACCACGUCAUUCCACGCACUUUUGUGUUGUGGAGUCAUUCUUGGGGGCUUCUGGUUGGGUGUCGACCAGGAAGGGGCAGGAGGGUCUCUCUCCUGGUCUGGCAUUAUUUACGGGAUACUGGCAAGCAUGUGCGUGUCUCUCAACGCCAUCUACACUAAGAAGGUGCUGCCGGUGGUGAACCACAGCAUAUGGAAGCUAUCCUACUACAACAACCUCAACGCCUGCUUCCUGUUCAUCCCGCCAAUCCUCGUGUUCGGCGAAGUGCCCAAACUGUGUAAUUUUAGCAGGCUGUCCGAUUUGAGUUUCUGGGGCGUGAUGACCGUGGGCGGCGUGUUCGGCUUCGCCAUCGGCUACGUCACGGGCCUUCAGAUCAAGUUCACGAGCCCGCUGACGCACAACGUCUCCGGCACGGCCAAAGCCUGCGCGCAGACGGUCCUCGCGGUCGCGUACAGCGCCAGCGCCAAGAGCGCCCUCUGGUGGACGAGCAACACGAUGGUGCUGGCCGGGUCUUUCGCCUACACCUGGGUCAAAGGAAGGGAAAUGAACAAGGUGCCGACGGAAACGCAGACGAAAAUGAAAACGGAGAAAAACGACUCCGGCGUAUAGACCUGUCCCUCAAUCAAACCGCAGGGAAAGAACAUUGCUAAAGAGUUGGCAAUAUUGUUUUUAAGGCUGAAGGCAAGUUAUUUUGUCAGUGCAAUAUGUGUACGGAAUAAGUGUGUGGAACUGUUCCAGUUGCCGUGACUGAAGAGGCUGUUGUCUUUGUUUUUGCAUUUUUUCCCCAACUAAGCUCAUAUUCUUUUAAGGAAUUCAUGUGGACCAACUACAAACCAGGAGGCAAAGGAAUGUAGGGCAAUUCUCAUAAUGACAAAAAAACUGAUUAAAAUAUCAUUCACCACAUAUUUGUGACUGGGGGGCUGAAAUUUGUGUUGAGGUGUAUGGGAAAAAGUUAGAAUUUGGGAAAGAAAAGACUGCAAGUAAUGAAAAAGAUGUUUUGAUGGGACCUUCAGGGAACCUCCAAGCCAGUGGACUUUACCAAGUUAAUGAAUGAUUUACAUGAGGUAAAAAAUUUCCUCAGGUGUUCUUUUUCCAUGUAAUGGCACUAGUCCUCAUAUUGAGGCCUGGCGUCCUCUAUCAGAGUGGCUCAUUAUUUUGUUUCCACAUUGGUGUAAAGGAGGUAAACACACAUUUUAGAAAGUGUUUUUAUAGCUAGUAUUUGUUUUGGACAGUAUUUGUUUACACAAAUGACAGUAUAAGACUUUAAAAAAAAAAAAUUUAACAGUGGGUGGAAAUCACAGGAGAUUACACAUUUAUGAUAUUGAGUGGCACUGGAAGCCAAGGGCCACAAACUGAAGGCUGUAUGGAUUUGCUAGUUUAACUGAAUUGAUCCAAAUAGCUGUUUUCCUAUUUUCAAAAGCUAAUGUAACCUGUGGCAGGUUAUUUAUUUUUAGAAAGUGCAAACCAAAUAUAGUGUGUGUGUGUGUGUGUGUGUGUGUGUGUGGAUAACUGAAUUACAUAAUUAAAUUCAUAUAUUUAAAAAAAAAAAUUUAGUUUAUAAGCUGAUAAAUUACCUUUUUCCUAACCAA